GAAUGUUUUUUUAUUUUUCUUUAUUUUGGGCUUUUCAUUUUUUUUAUAUAUAUCUGAUAAUUAAGUUCAUUCGUGGUUUUCCAUUUCCGAGAACGAGACGAUUAACCAAAAAAAUAAAAUAAAAAAACAAUAUAAAAUUCAUAACUUUUUCGGAAUUGAAAAUUCGCUAUUCAUUCCUUGAACCUGAAUUUCUGGGUUUCUUAAUUAUUGCUUGGUUGAGCUUUUUUGGAUUACCCUUUACUCACAAUUCUCAUUCUGUCGGAUGAUCUCUUAGCACCCUUUUCACCCAAGUUAACUUCUCUUCUGGGAUUACAGAAAAAAAAAAAAAAAAAGGGAGAAAACCAGUUCUUUGUUCGUUUUGAUUCCUCCACUUCAAUAUUCUUUCCACUCUCGGAUUUUUGGGUAGGUCUUGUCUAAUGGGGACGCAUAAGCAAUCACCGUGUUUGGACUUUCUUGUAUACUUUUUGGACUCUCCUGGUUGUCACUACAGUAAAUUGCUUCAAGUUCUGAAUAAUUAGUCAACCAUCUGUUAAGCGACAAGAUUCAGUGAGUCUCAGGAUAUGGGAUGUCUGGUGUCUACACCGAAGGAUUCUGGAGGAAAUAGAAGGAGACCAGGAAAUAUUGGGGAUGUUUCUGUAUACGUUCCUGGUUUACGGAUUCCUAAACCUGUUGAUUUCUCGCAGUCACUUGGUGAUCACUUAUCCAAGAGUUUAGUUGAACAUCUCUCUGCUUUGAGGACACGCAUAGUUGUAAUGGCUGGCCAAGAAGGUCCUACAAUUACGAGAACGAGGAGAAAAACUGCUACCCAACAUGGUGGCUCUACGGUAGCUGAUCUUCAGCAGGCUCUAGAAGAUUACUUGCCUGUUCUUUUGGGAUUAGUAAAAGAUGGAAGCCAGCUACAACACAAGGUACAAUUUAUAUGGAUAAAUCAGGAGGAUGAAGUGGAGGAAACAGCCAUGUCUAAUGCUUGGUAUGAAGUGUUGUCAAUUUUACAUUUGAUGGCGAUGCUGUCAUUAUCACAGGCGAACCUAUUACUGCUUCCCAGAACAUCUGCUGAUGGUUAUCAGCCAAAAGUAUCAGAAGAGAGUAGACGAGCAUCCAUUGAUGUUUUCUUGAAGGCUGCAGGAUACCUUGAUUGUGCUGUUCGACAUGUUCUCCCACACUUGUCUUCUGAACUCAGGAGAAAUCUACCAGUCGACCUAGCAGAAGGAGUUCUUCGAGCUCUUUGCCUACAAGCAUUAGGACAGUGUAAUGAUAUUCAACUUGGAAUGGCAAUUGAUAGUACAAAAGCCACUCUUGCUGUGAAGCGAAGGCUUGCAUGUGAGAUGGUAAAAUAUUGGCAGCAGGCUCAAGAUAAUAUUAUGAACCUUCCACUAACAAAUGGUUGGGGGGAAAAGCAUCGUCUCUUUGUGAAGUGGAAAUAUGUUGAAUCAAAGGCUGCGGCAUAUUACUAUCAUGGUUUAAUCCUUGAUGAGGGGAACACAGAAAAGUCUCAUGGGAUGGCUGUGGCUGCUCUGCAAGCAGCAGAUGAAUAUUUCAAAGAAAGUAAAAAGGCAUGUGAGGCAUUUAAUGCAUCUCCUCCUCUAUCAAGAAAUCCGCCACUUUGGGGAACCAUGAAGUAUCUCUCCGAGAAAAUUCCAAAAGAUACUUCAUGCAAAGUACGGAUAAACCGGGAUAUUUACUCUCAUGACAAAAUCAUGGAGACGGCACCAACGUUGCCAGACUUUGCUUUGGCCCUGAAACCUGAUGAAUUCAUACUUCCUCCGGUGGACUAUUCUUGGAAUGAGGGACACAUAAACAGGGGACAGAUUGGCUUAAGCCAGCUUAGGAAUGAUAAAAGAUGAGCAAACUUUCUUGAUAAAAUAGUUAGGAGGAUGGAAUCCAAAUCAUGGAUUGGAUGGUCAUUCAAGGCCGGGUGGACUAUUCUUCAACUGGAGGGUCAAAAGCCCGCUUUACAGUUUUUUUUUUUUUUUUUUUUAAAGAUUCAUUUUUUUCCCCAAAAAAAAAAAAAAAAAAAAAAUUGAAGAAGAAGAAGAAGAAGAAAGAUCCCUUUUGCCUAUAUUUCUCUUGAUGGAGGUUUGGAAAAGUUUCUGUUGUGUGUAAAUUGUAAAUUGGCUACUGGUGGUGGGAAAAAGAAAGAAUGAUGUCUUUGCAAAUUCCCAAUAAUGUGUAUGCCUUUUGGUUCCUCAUUAAAAAUGUGAAAGUCAUUAACAUCAAUCCUCUGCUAAUAAUGUAUGUCUUUAGAUUAAGAAGGAAGGAUUGUUCUAUUUAUCAAUAAUCCGAAUAGAAUUACAUCUGUUGUUGAACAAAUAUUUAUUUCCAGGAGAUAAAUGGAAUCUUGUUUCCUUC